GUCAUUGACUAAACGUACAAGCGUCAAGCAACAGCGCAAUCAGCGGCUAAGCGGCAAUACUCCACUCUACUCUAGUACUAUACAAUUAACAACAAAACGAAAAUAGUGGCAAGAACAGUGUUUAGCAGUGUGGCAUUAGUGGCGAACUGACAGUUGCGGCAUUUGUGCAGAGCGAGAUAAUACGAAUAUGUUGGUGUUAAAACAUUAGCAUUUGCAUUUGAUUUUCUGAAUUGGUUAGACGUUUUGCUUUUUAUUGUUUGCUUUACGCUUGAACUCCAUGAGUUUUAUUUGUGUUAAUUUUUUGUUGUGUUUCGUGCUUGCGAUUUCAUUAGAAUUACUAAAGUGAAGUGCUAUCUUCGAAUACACUCAUAAACGGUCUUCGGGUGCUAUUAGUUUUGUUGGCGCCACCCACAAGAUUUUUGAAGUUUGAUUUAAUGAAUGGAAUCGAUUGGAAAUGAUGCUUUAAUAAUAAAGUGAGAAAGUGCAGGAAAUUGACAUGAUAAUAAGUUAAUGUGAAUUGAUUAAGAAAAAUUUGGAAAUGAAUAAAAGUACGUGCAUGUAUUAAUGACAAAAACUAAACGAUUCCAAAAAUAAAAUUAAGAAGCAAAUUCACGAAAUUUGGUUAUUAAAAGAGAGUAAAUGAAUUUUCAAAGAAAUACACUGUAAAACGAGUUCUAUAGAAAAUGUACUGAAUUAAAAAUUUUGAUUGAAUUCACAUUUCGGAACUGAGCCAAAAAUCAUCGGUAAAAAAAUUUUAACAAAAAUACUUUCUUAUAAGUGCAUAAAAAGGCUUACCAGGAUUGAAUGAGCAAAAUAAUUGUUUUUCUUUUAACAAUCAUUGAGUUAAGUGAAAAGGACUUAGUAAAAAAAUUAAAAACAUUUUUUAAUUUUUUAAAAACUUGCGCACACAAAAAUAAUUAAGAGUUUUAACUAAAAUUGAAUAAUAUUUGCAAAGCAAAGAAAAUGUUUAAAAAAUUUUAAUAAGAAAGUGUAAUAAACCAGCGCCAUAAAAUUUAUUUCGGCUCGUUCUUCAAAAAAUAUAAGGACAAAACUUACGUGUGAACAUUUACUUGCAAAGAUAUCAAGUGAAUGAAUAUUAAAUGCGAAAGUAAUUAAUUUAAUUCUUAACUAGUGCAACUGCAUACAACUUUUUCGUUCUCUUGCGCUUCUCUUUACGAAGCCUAAUGCCGGUAGAGAAAAAUAAUACAUUCACUAUCAUCCAUACAACCCAGCUCUUGGAGCUCAGUUGCGCUCCGGAUAUUGUAGCAGGUUACACUCCUAAGCACGACACUAUACACGUACCCCGUUAAAUCCCUUCAUCUAACACCGCUCUCACUGCAGACCGCCCCCGCCGAGUUGGACCUACCGUUAGGUGAGGUUGACGACGACGAUCGGUGACUUUGCCGUGCCCGGCAGGACUUGAUAUACUACUACAACAACAAUAAUGCUUGUAGUUUUACUACUUGUCACAAAUAUAAAAUGAAUUAGAAAAAAACAAAACACUUACAACUUUGUAAACAUCUUUACAAGUAAAAAACUUUAAAAUCCAAAACAAAACUUAAAAUUCAAUAGAAAUUAACUAGACAUGCUGUGAAUUUUGUGCGGAAUAAACGAACAAAAAUAUUUGUCUCCGAUUCGUUAAUUAAUAAAAAACAUAUAAAAGUGCGUGGCGGUGUUUUAAAAUUGUGCAACUACAAAACCAAAUCUCUGUUUCGACAUUUGAUAAACUUUCUGAACUUCACUACUCAACGUUUGUCACAGAUUGUGGUCUUGAGCUUUAAAUAAAAACAUCCUCGUCUAACAUUUUAUACGCAACACGCACAAAAACGGAUUAAAAGUGGAAGACAUCACGGCAAAAAUGGUAAGCAGAAAAAACUAGCAUUUUCGUGCUGCUGCUGUUAAAUCUGCAUCGAAAAUGGCUUGUGUUAAUAAACAAUAUUCAGCCACCGAUUUGGAGGCUUUCAUGAAAAUCGCAGUCAAUUGGCAAACGAAUAAUCACAAUUUGCUGGAAGGUGUCGACAUGAAAGGAGAAAUACAGCAAUACAUGAACAGUCCAGCAAUGAACAUGUACAAAAAGCGUGAACGCACACAGAAUUGGAAUCAUCAGGAGAAGAAGUUCUUGCUCGAUUUGUGCCGCAAAGAUAUGCGUAUUAUUGAAAACAAACGGCUCGAUGCGGGCCUGACAGCGGUAAAGAAUAAAGCUUGGAAGAUAAUUCACCAAAAAUUCUCAAGUCAGUUUGGAACAGAUCGUACGUGUAACCGCUUAAAGGAGCAAUGGCGGCGCAUGAAAGCUUGCACGCGUAACGAAAUUUUGGAUUACAACAAUCGAUUGGCCAGAUUUGGUGCAGAGGUUGCCGAUCGCAAGAAGCCAUCGCCGUUCACCUUCGAAGUGUGGGAAUUCAUGCAGGAGGCGAAGAAAGCAUGCAAGUCGGAAGCUUUGGAUGGAAUCGACUACUCAAAGAUACCAUUAGCGCUGGAGGAGGACUACGAGUAUCGCGAGGAUGAACAGAAUGGCGAAGAUGAUCACGACAUGGAUGACAGUCGCACUCCACCACAGGAACUCUGUGAUGUCGACAUCAAAGAGGAGACUAAUGAGACCUUCAACGACACCAUCAACCACAAUGAAUCGCUGGCGAUUGGUGAACGUCGGCUCUCCUCCUCGCCGAAUGUGAGCCGCCUGAGCGCGCACGACAUUGAACGCGCCAGCCUACACAGCCCAGCCGGCAAUUUGGCGACGACUAGCGAUCUCGCCACCUCCAGCUUUCUUACCCAAAAUGGCGCUAGUGGCGGCGCAGCGGUCGGUGGUAGCGCCGGUGACAUGGGCGCCUUUCAGCCCGCUUUCAACAUGAGCAAUAUCUCCGCCACACUGGAAGCGUUAAAUGCGUUACGUGCCGCACAAUUCCCCCCCGCAGCCGCUGCUGCUGCUGCUGCCUUACAAAAUAAUUUUGCUGCCGCCGCCGCGCAACAACAACACAAUCAACACCAACAACAAAUGUCACAAUCAAGUAGUGAGCAACCACUGACGAAGCGUCCGCGCAGUUCGAGCGGUAGCGCCAAUGGCGAAGAGGUGCUGCAUGAUUUGUCGAUGAAUGGCGCCGCCGCCGCUGCCGCUGCAGUAUCAGUAAGCAAUCCAGCAACCGCACAACUCGCCGGCAGUGGCGGUGGCAUGAGCGUUGGGGGAGUUUCGACUAGCAGUACGCCCGAAAUGCGAUCUUUCAUGGAGAUGCAGAGCAAAGAGCAUUUGCUGCGUAUGAAAAUACUCGAGGUGCAACUGCAGGCGGCCAAAUAUAAUCGUGAUCUUGUCGAGAUCAAUAAGACAUUGGCAUUGCAGAAGUUGCAGGAAUUGGCUAGCAAGCGAUUGACAAGCUAAGUUUGGAGAGCGGUGUAGGCGAAAUAGCUGAAAAAUUAAAGCAAAAAAAUAAAAGUAAAAGAAUAUUCGGCAGAAGUAUUUAUGGGAAUUGCUUGCAAAAAAGGACAGGCGUGCUUUACGAAGGUGGGCCGGCGAGUAAGCGAAAAAAAGGCAGCGGCGUCGCGUUGUAAGAUGUGUUCGCGCGUACUUGAAGCUGCUCGUAUUUUGGUUGCCUAACUACAUUUUAAUUUUUGUUUUACCAAUCAAUUAAAAAAUUAUAUUAGUUUAGUGCGCUCUUUUUGUAUAGAAACAACAUUCCUGUUAGCGUCAGUUGAACACAAAACCUACUUUAUUGUUAUUAGAAAUAGUAUAUUUUUUAAUUGUUAUUGUGUUUGAUGUCACAAAUUUUAAAGGAAGAAAAGAAAUAUAGAAAAAGAAUUGGAAAAAAAACUAUUACUUAAUUUUUUGAAAUAAUUUUUGCCACAACAGUAUUUAUAAAGAGUAGAACACAGAGAAGUUUUAUAAAAAAAUCUGGUAAGAAAUCUUUAAAGAAUAGUCAACGUAAUAGCCCUAGCUCAGUGGUCACAAAACAACAAAGCAAAAAAAAACAAAAACAACUUAUAAAAAGUCGAUAAAGAACUCUAAAACUAAAAAAACAAGGUCAGAUAAAUGAUUAUUGGACUAAAAGAAAUAAAUUAAAUACACUUGGAAUGUUUAGAAAGCAUGCUGUAGAUGUUGCAUAUUUAUGGGCGCCUAAUGAAUUAAUCUCAAUUUUUCCGACUAAGCAUUGAUUAGUUUAAUGAUCAUUUAAUUUAAGAACCACAGAUAAUGUAGUAGUAAAUGAGUAGGCUUUAGAGAAGGUAAAUAGCUGCGCCUCAACAAGUUUGGCCAUUUAACGCGCCUAAAAGCCGUUGAUUGUAAAUUAUAACAAAAGCACGAAGAAGUUCCAAAAUUAAGCCCACAUUUAAGGGCUGUUGUAAAAAAAAACAGAUUUUUACGAAUACACAAACGUGCCAAAUGCAUACAAAACACAAUUUAAACAUUGAAGGGAAAUAAGAAUAAUAAAUGUUUUCUUAUAAGAAAGCGGAGUAGAAUAAAAAUUACACUUAAGUUUUGCUCCGUUCAAGAUAACUGUAUGGAAAGCAGCAGAGUGUUAUAAAGGAGCUGCAUGUCGCAGAAAUUAACAGGAAAAAGAAAAAUGCAACACAUAAAACAAAUACAUAAAUCAAGAUAUUUUUGUACUUAUAACAUUUGAGUAGUCUAUAAAAUUAGUAGUUUAGAGAAAUCUAUGAUAAGGUUAAACUAUACAAUAAAAUCAAUUAGAAUAAAAAUUCAAAAAAUUAAAAAAAAAAUUAAGAAACAAAAAAAAAAACAAUUAAAAAAAUUAAAAAGUAAAAAAAUGUAAACAAAAUUUAACGCAGAUAGUGAAAUAUAAAAUUGUUUUAUACAAUUGUUACAAAACACAAAAUAAAAAAUCUCAAAAAAUAAGCAGAAAUUAUAAAAUAUGCAAUAUAAUGCAUAAACGUGGAUUAAAUACUUAAUUUUAUAAUAAGCAAAUAUUUAAAACAAAUAAGCACUAAAAAGGCGCAAAGUAUUGAGUUGAGUAUUGUAGUAUUUUUUCUUUUUAGUUCUAAGUUUUAUUAAAAAUGCUGACUUAAUGGCACACGUUUAAAAAAAUAUUAAAAUACUUAGUCUUGCCAUAAAUUCUGUGACAAACAGAAAAAAGUUCCGUUAUUUCUGCUUUUGUUCGUAUGCAUUGUCUACUCAUAAAUUAUACUCAGUUUCGUGCCAAAUCUCACUUGUUAACAAUGGAGUGAGGAGCUAAGGAAAAUCGCAUUGUAGUGAUUGCAUUGCAAAAGUGUGAUAAAAGCACAAGUGAGAUUUACGAAUUGCUGAAAAAAACUUAAUAUUUCGAAAAUAUUGGUUUACCACACGAUCGAUCGUUUUUCAAUGAAAAUACUUUUUCAUAAAUGAGGAAAUGAUGAGGCGUAGGGAAGAGUUGAGCAGUACUCUCUUGAAUGGAGAGCAUUGGUUCUUCCAGCAAGAUUCCACUCCAGUCCAUAAGGAAAAACCACCCAGCAGUGGCUUAAGCACAAUAUUUCUGGGUUCAUAGCCACAGAAGUUUGGCCAUCUGGAAGUCUAGAUCUGAAUCCGUUGAACUACAGUUUGUGGUCAGGAUUGGAGAAUAUGGCCUUUCGAAGAGCUCGCAGAAAUUUGGAGAGUCUCAAACAGUCUUUGGUUCGAGCAGCGACAUCAAUAUCUAUGGAAACCGUGCGUGCUGCAGUAACUGAAAGGCCUAAUCGAUCAAUAACUAAAGGUCAAUAACAAUGAAGAAUCUCUCUUGCCAACAAGUGCUACUUUGGAAUAAGUAGGCAAUUGAGUAGUAAAGUCCUCUUUGGACGAACAAAACUAAAUAACUAACUCAUCAAGGUUCUCAUCAUGUCCGUCCUAACGUAUGGCGCAAAAGCGUGGACGAUGACAAUAUCCGAUGAAAGGUCCCUUGGAGUGUUUGAGAGCAAAAUGCUGAAGAAGAUUUUUGGAUGUUGGCGACGGCGAAUAUCGCAGGCUAUGAACUUUACGUCGACAUAGGCAUAGCGCAGCUAAUAAAGAUCCAGCGGCUUUGUUGGCUACGCCAUGUCGUUCGAAUGGAUACAACCGCUCCGGCUCUGAAAGUAUUCGAUGCGGUACCAGCUGGUGAUAGCAGAGUAAGAAGAAGGGCUCCUUGACAGUUGCUCUCCUUCUCUGUGCACACAACAGCAAUUGCUACUAAAGUCCAAAAUCGCAACAAGGUUCUCAAAUCGCUUGCCGGCAGCACUUUAUGCAAAGACAAAGAACUUUUGCUAGCGACUUUAAGGCAAUUGGCCGGCCGGUUUUAAAUUAUGUUGCACCUGUCUGGUCGCCUGGAAUUAGUGUCACGCAGUGGAUAAAGCUCCAAACUCGCCAAACACCCUCUUCAACACCUUCACAACGAGGCACAGUUAUCUACUCAGCAAACAGUUUCUACUUGGGUGCUACUGCAGGUUUCCCCCUUGCAAACACCUGUUUGAGCCAGAGCCACCUCCCACGUACGUCCGGAGACACCUUCUCAAUUACGUUAUCGCGACAAUUAAGAAGAAGAAGAAUCGUUGGAAGGCUUGUGUAAAAGUAAAUGUUUACCCUUUCGAAUGAAAAUUAAAUUAACUUUAUUAAAAAAAAUAUUAUAAUUUCAUAUCUAUAACGGACUUAACCUGUAACAGAACUUAUGGCAGAGCUAAGUACAAAAAAAAAUAUAUAUUUUUUUUAAUAUUUAAGUAGAAUAAUGAAUUAGGAUAAUGCUGCUACAAAACUUUUAGUUGUAUUAUUCCAUUAUUAAACAUAUGUAUGUUAGCAGAGGAGGAAAUAAAACCCAAUAACCCAACGCACUAUAGAUUUUUCUGGUCGCAGCGCUAAAUUCCCUCAAACUAAUAGUUUUUCUACAAUAUUAAGCGCAUGCUUCUUAUUUCGCACUUGCUUCGGUUAUUAGUUUUGUAUUACUUAUUUGAAACAUUUACUUAUUUUAUUUUAAAUUCUAUGAAAAUAUUUUUUUUUAUUGAAAAAUUGUAUUUUGUUAAUUUAUGUUUUCAUUUGCGUCAAAAUAUGUAAUAUUAUUUAUAAAUAUAUGUUAAUGAAAUUCGUUUUGCCAUAGAAACAAAAACAAAUUUCUUUCGAUAGAUCAUUAAUCGUUUAAAACAGUGCUGGCCAUAACUCACUCAACCACAUAUGUAAAUUUUGAUAAACGAUGAGAGAAUGAAGAGAGCGAUUCGCUCACGCGUCUGUUAUGCACGCAUUUGAGUUGCUAAUUGUAGGAAGGACAUUUUUUUAUUAUGUAAAUAAUGUGAAAGGCAGAGAUUACAUUAAUUAACUUACCUAUACAUAGAUUAAUUUACUUACACUUCUUGGUUAGAUUUCUAAUUAAAAUUUUGUGUAGAAUUAAACAAAAGUGUAAAAUUUGUUAAAUUAAAUGUAUAAAUAUUCUAAUUUUGAAUUCAAUGAAAAUUGAUUUUUAAGUGUGUAAAUAUAAAAGCUUGGAAUAAUAUUAAAGAAUUCAUUUUUAAGGUAGUUACAUAUAUCUUUUUUAUUUAUGUAUGUACGUAUUUUAUUAACGUAACAUUGGUAAUAAAACUAAAUAAUGGAAAUGAAAUGUCUACAUUUUCUAAUUAUUAAUUAAUACUUCAAUACUAAGUUCAUGUUCAUAUCUAGUAAUUUUUAAGAGAUCUUGUUAUUGUGGGACCGUUAGACUGCUGUUACGGCUUUGUUGCUUAAAAUUUGUGUAUCGAUUGACCGGGUUCGGACAUGGCAUUGUUUGAUGCUUCAACUGGUAACUUUUGGAAGAGGGGAAUACGAAGAAAGGAGAGAGGCACCGAGUUGCUCAUGCUUCGUUUACAUGCUUUGUGUUCGCGUUCUUUUCAAUGUUCUCGUUCUUUUCAACACAAUUACAGCAACGGAGUUGCCUUGUAGGAAAGUUAGAGACAACACCAAAAAAGAGAAUUCGUAAAGUGGAAGCAACAAAAAUGUCCCUGUAUGAACACAGUCACUGAGCACGAUCACAGCAAGAUAAUAAGCGUCGGCAACACUACUUCAUAGAUUACGCUAAUGUAUUUGUGAAAGCAGCGCUGCUUUUGUCGUGUACGUCUGAAAUCAGAAGAGAAUAAAUAGGUACGUGUGCCUAUGCAAUGGCCAGCUCUAGUUUAUAGGGAUUCGAAAAAUUCACUUAAAUAAAUUCAAUUGAGACACUUAAAAAAAAUAUUUGUUAAAACAAUAUCAUUUCAUAGAGUACAGUAGACUGUAAAUAAAUGUAUACCUACAUACAUAUAAUUAAAUCAGAACUUGUUACAAUAUUAUAUACAUUUAAAUAAGUACUGUACAUGUGUAAGAAAAAAAAACAGUAAAAGCUGAGAGUAUUUGGUAAUUGCAUUCAAUAGAAAUACAUAAUUGAUCGCAUUGUAUUGUAAGAUUAAUACAGAUGUAAGUUUAAAUACUUUUGAACAAAAGCUUGUUA